UUGUAAUUUUGUACAACUACAUACUCUAAUGUGGCACAUUGAAAAUGUCUGUUAAACGACAAGCUACCACCGAUAUCAACCAUGAGAACUGGGAUAAGGAAGAUCCCUCUGAACAUGAAGAAAUGGGCUCCUUUCAAACGGCAUCCAAUGAGGUUCUGGAAAAACGUGUGAUCAGGACAGCCAAACGACGAGCGCCAAUCUCCAGUGCCGAGCCCAAGAAGAGUGUCUUCAGUGGUUUUGGAGGCUUUAACAAGACACAACCUUCAUCAUUUGAUUUUUUGGCUAAUUUGACAAAUGGCAAUAAAACUACAAAUGGCUCAGGCAAAGUUGAUUCUGAGCAACCUUUAUGUCCAGUUGGCAAUAAAGUUAUUGAAAGUGAAGGACAUCAUUUUUAUAUACCAAUAUCAACAACACCAUCUACCAAGACUACAUUUGGAACACCAACUACACAAAUGUCACUAUUUGGUCGCACUGGAACGAACACCACAACAACACUAUUUGGGUCAACUACAGGUAGUCCAUUCAAAAUUCCAACUUCAACUGGAUCUACAGAAGCCCCAAAACAGAACAAUCCGGAUCCUCAAGCAUCUUCUGUUUUUGCUACCAAUAUUUCGUCAAGGUCUGUUUUUGGUUUAAACACUGCACCUUCAACUCCAUCUCAAAUAUCUACUGCCGCAUCUACUCCUAAAGCUGAUGAAGCAGAGAGAAAAGAAGAAAAAACUGAUGAAAAGAAAAUGAAAUAUUAUUCUAAAUUAAAAGGACUAAAUGAGUCUGUUUCAGACUGGAUUAAAAAACAUGUAGAAGAGACACCUCUCUGUAUACUAUCACCAAUUUUUAAAGAUUAUGAGAAGUAUUUGAAAGAAAUACAAGAAGAAUUUCAUGGCACAAGUGAAGAAACCAAAAUUAAAAUUAAUGAUAAUAACCCAGCUGAAACAAAGCCAAUUCCAUCAACAAAUAUAACUAAAACUACAACAGAAACUUUGAGUACUUCAGGAUCAUCAAUUUUUGCUGCUUCAAAUUCAAAGGUGGCUAUAUUUGGGACCCAGAAUGCCACAGUCACUACUACUGAGAAACCAUCAUCAGACUUUCCAUUUGGUGUCAAAACAAGUAGCAGCACUGUGACAACUACAUCUGGAGGAUUUUCAUUUGGUAUAAACACUGGUUCUUCUGCAACUACAACUUCAGCUCCUUUCUUAUUUACGACCAAUACUACAGGCGUCAAUGGUGCAGCACCAUUUUCAUUUGGAACUGGCAAACCAUUCAGUUUUAGUUCUAAUAUACAAACAAAGAGUGUGGAGAAAAAGGAUGAGGAUAAAGAACAAGAGGACGAUGAGCCACCAAAAGUAGAAUUUACACCAGUAGUUGAAGAAAACAGUGUAUUUGAUAAGAAAUGCAAGGUAUUUAUCAAGAAGGAUGGUAAUUUUGUUGACAAAGGAGUAGGCACUCUAUAUGUGAAAAAAAUUGAAGAAUCUGGUAAACACCAGCUACUGGUCAGAGCUAACACAAAUUUGGGUACUGUAACUCUCAACAUGAUAUUGUCUGCAAGUAUUCCUAUGCAGCGUCUUGGUAAAAAUAAUGUUAUGUUGGUGUGUAUACCUACACCCGACCACAAGCCUCCUCCAACAACGGUGCUAAUAAGAGUGAAAACUUCUGAAGAAGCUGAUGAACUCUUAGAGACGUUAAACAAAUAUAAAGCAUAAACUUAUGGCACUUGUAUCUAGAAGCUAAACAAAUAAAACACAAAAAUACUGUAGCUUUUAGCUACUUGUAAUUUAAUAUCUAGUCCCACUAUUUUGAAAUUAUUGUUUUCUAAACAGACUAUUACUGCCUAUAGUUCUAGUGAUAAUACAUAGGUACUUAACAAAUUUAAGUGCUUGAAAAAUGUCACAUCCAGUCACCUAAUGGAUUCCAAAAUAUAGGUAUAUGUAUUAUUAGAAUCCUAAAAUUUUCUCUAUAAGAAUAGUGGGAUGUUGUAAAGACAUUAACAAAUACAGUACAGUAAACUGAAACUUCUUGACUUGGAGUUGUGGAAAACAGCUAAUUGGUAGAAACAGCUUAUAGUGGAUGUAUCUACCACAAAGUGCACUAUAAUUGGAAUUAGUAAUGAAUUUCUAAAAACUACUCCAUACUUAUUGCUUUUGACCUCCUUUAGAACCCAUGUGCAGUUUGUGGUACAACAUAUAUUUAAUAUUUUAUUGUAUGUAAUUAUGGAGAUAAUUUUUGACAACACUUUGUUCAAAACCAAAUGUAAAUUUGUAACAUUGAAAUCAUUUCAUUAAAACAAUUAAUCUGUAAUGGUUACGCGUUUGUUUUACUCUACAUUUAGUUGAUUCUGCAAUUUAAAAAUUCUAUUUGGGUGAUGACGAUGAUUCACUAGACGCGAGAUACUGUUAUUCUCGCAUAGAGAGAAUCUCGCUUUAUGUCACUCUCGCGCAAGUCGCGCCUUGUGCUAGCCCGGACGCAACAACUAGUCUGGCGAUAACGGGAAUUGUAUUCCCCUUUUAACAAUUCUGUAGACCAAUGUGACUAGUGAUGACGCCUGUAU